CCAUACGAAGGUGAGGACUUCAAGCUCUCUCCGUCUUUCCGUAUAACAAUCAAUCAUCACGAAACUGUUACACACCGCUUGAUUUCUUCUUAAUCUUAGACGAUUUCUUGAUCUUUUCACUCACUGUUCAGAUCUGAGAGUGAUUUUGGUGAUUGGAGAAGGAGGAGGAGGAGGAGGAGAAGAAGAUGUUGACGAAGUUCGAGACGAAGAGUAAUAGAGUGAAGGGAUUGAGCUUCCACAAUAAGAGGCCAUGGAUCCUGUCGAGUCUUCACAGUGGCGUGAUCCAGCUCUGGGACUACCGAAUGGGGACUCUGAUUGAUAGAUUUGACGAGCACGACGGCCCUGUUCGUGGCCUCCAUUUUCACAAGUCUCAGCCGCUGUUUGUCUCUGGAGGGGAUGACUACCAGAUAAAAGUUUGGAAUUACAAAGAGCAUAGGUGUCUCUUCACCCUUUUUGGACACCUUGAUUACAUCCGCACUGUGCAAUUUCAUCAUGAGUAUCCAUGGAUUUUGAGUGCCAGUGAUGAUCAAACUAUUCGAAUUUGGAACUGGCAGUCACGCACAUGCAUUGCUGUGAUAACUGGUCACAAUCAUUAUGUUAUGUGUGCUUCAUUCCAUCCUAAAGAAGACCUUGUUGUCUCAGCCUCUCUUGAUCAGACUAUUCGUGUUUGGGAUAUUGGUGCCUUACGAAAGAAGUCUGUGUCCCCUGCAGAUGGGUUAGGUCAGAUGAACAAUGAUAUUUUUGGCAACAUUGAUGUUGUUACUAAAUAUGUAUUGGAAGGUCAUGAUCGAGGAGUCAACUGGGCUGCAUUUCAUCCUACACUGCCUUUGAUUGUAUCAGGAGCAGAUGAUCGCCAAGUGAAAUUAUGGCGGAUGAAUGAGACUAAGGCUUGGGAGGUGGACACGUUAAGAGGGCACAUGAAUAAUGUUUCAUGUGUUAUGUUCCAUGCCAAGCAGGACAUUAUUAUAUCCAAUUCUGAGGAUAAAAGUAUUCGGGUGUGGGAUGUGACAAAGCGAACUGGAAUUCAGACCUUCCGCCGAGAGCAUGACAGAUUCUGGGUUCUUACUACUCACCCAGAGAUGAAUCUUUUCGCAGCAGGUCAUGACAGUGGCAUGAUUGUCUUUAAGUUGGAGAGAGAAAGACCUGCUUUUGCAGUGAGUGGGGAUUCUCUAUUCUACUGCAAGGAUCGCUUUUUACGGUUUUAUGAGUUUUCCACUCAAAGAGAUACACAGGUGAUUGCAAUUCGACGUCCUGGUGCUACAAGCCUGAAUCAAAUUCCAAAGACCCUUUCUUAUAGUCCAACAGAAAAUGCUGUUCUAAUCUGCUCAGAUGUGGAUGGUGGAUCUUAUGAGUUGUAUGCCAUACCAAAAGACAGCAUCGGUAGGGGUGACAAUUUGCAAGAGGCAAGGAGAGGCCUUGGAAUCUCUGCUAUCUUUAUUGCUCGUAAUAGGUUUGCUGUGCUUGAUAAAAGCAACAACCAGGUACUAGUCAAGAAUCUAAAGAAUGAGGUUGUUAAAAAAAGUGGCCUACCUAUUCCUACAGAUGCAAUAUUCUAUGCUGGAACUGGUAACUUGCUGUGCCGGUCUGAGGAUAGAGUUGUUAUCUUUGAUCUCCAGCAAAGGCUUCUUUCUUUGCUUAGGAAGAGAUAUGACCAUGUUAUGAGCAUGAUAAGAAGCUCACAGCUCUGUGGUCAGGCAAUGAUUGCAUAUCUGCAACAGAAGGGGUUCCCUGAAGUUGCUCUUCAUUUUGUUAAAGACGAGAGAACUCGCUUUAAUUUGGCUCUGGAGAGUGGAAACAUUCAAAUCGCAGUUGCCUCUGCUAAGGAGAUUGAUGAGAAAGAUCACUGGUACAGGUUAGGCGUGGAAUCACUUCGCCAGGGCAAUUCAGGUAUAGUGGAAUAUGCCUACCAGAGGACAAAGAAUUUUGAGCGGUUAUCCUUCCUUUAUCUCAUAACUGGAAACAUGGAUAAGCUGUCAAAGAUGUUAAAAAUUGCUGAGGUUAAGAAUGAUGUGAUGGGUCAGUUUCAUAAUGCCUUGUAUCUUGGUGAUGUCCAAGAACGUGUCAAGAUCUUGGAGAAUGCUGGUCACUUACCUCUUGCUUAUAUUACAGCUUCUGUCCAUGGUUUACAAGAUGUUGCUGAACGUUUAGCAAUUGAAUUGGGGGAUAAUGUUCCUUCAUUGCCUGAGGGAAAAGUACCUGCUCUAUUGAUGGCCCCUAGCCCUGUUGUCUGUGGUGGUGAUUGGCCUCUUCUGCGUGUUGUGAAAGGUAUAUUUGAAGGUGGGCUGGACAGUGUUGGCAGGGGUAAUGUGGAUGAAGAGGAAGAGGGUGCUGAGGGUGAUUGGGGUGAAGAGCUUGAAAUGGUUGAUGCGGAUGGGUUACAGAAUGGCGAUGUUUCUGCAAUUUUGGAGGAUGGAGAAGAAGUUGAAGGAAAUGAAGAAGAGGGUGGAUGGGACCUUGAAGAUUUAGAUCUUCCUCCUGAGGCAGACACACCAAAGGUUUCUGUCAAUUCACAUGCUUCAAUUUUUGUGGCACCAACUCCAGGUCUGCCAGUAAGUCAGAUUUGGAUUCAGAGAUCAUCUCUUGCUGCUGAACAUGCAGCUGCUGGCAACUUUGAUACAGCAAUGCGGUUGCUGAGCAGGCAACUUGGCAUAAGAAACUUUGCUCCUUUGAAAUCUCUGUUUAUAGAUCUUCACAUUGGCAGCCACACAUAUCUUCGUGCAUUUUCAUCUGCUCCAGAGGUUUCCCUUGCUGUUGAACGUGGAUGGAAUGAAUCAACUAGUCCUAAUGUGAGAGGUCAUCCAGCACUUGUAUUCAAUUUCUCUCAAUUGGAAGAAAAGCUAAGGGCUGGUUACAAGGCCACAACUAGUGGGAAAUUCAGAGAUGCUGUGCAGCUCUUCCAUAGCAUUCUUCAUACCAUUCCAUUGAUUGUAGUGGAGUCAAGGAGGGAAGUUGAUGAAGUUAAAGAGUUGAUUAUUAUUGUCAAGGAGUACGUGCUUGGUCUUCAAUUGGAGAUUGCAAGGAAAGAAAUUAGAGAUGAUCCAAUACGCCAGCAGGAGCUUGCUGCUUACUUCACCCAUUGCAACCUUCAAAUGCCUCACUUAAGACUUGCUUUGCUAAAUGCAAUGACUGUCUGCUACAAGGCCAGGAAUCUGGCUACAGCAGCUAACUUCGCAAGGCGCCUACUAGAAACAAACCCAUCCAAUGAGAACCAAGCAAGGUCGGCCAGGCAAGUGCUGCAGGCUGCAGAGAAGAAUAUGACUGAUGCUGCUCAGCUGAACUAUGACUUCCGAAACCCAUUUGUGGUAUGUGGAGCAACUUAUGUGCCAAUUUACCGAGGACAGAAGGAUGUAUCCUGUCCAUACUGCAGCACCAAGUUUGUACCGGACCAGGCUGGGCAGUUGUGUGCAAUCUGUGAGCUUGCAGUGAUUGGGGCAGAUGCUUCAGGUUUGCUGUGUUCUCCUUCUCAGAUACGGUGAUUGAGUUGCUAAAAGUAGGAGCUUCUUUCAAAUCGAUCCAUCAUAUUUUUUGCAAAGAAGCAAUCUUAUCAAUUGAUUUAUACCAUAGGUGUAAGGUAAGAAGAUACUGAAGAUGAGAAAUUUAGUUGCUUGUUCCUUCUCUAUCUGCAUUACUCCUUUUAUUGCGUUCCCCUUAAUUGGGUCAUUAUGAUUUCAAUUUUAUAAACAGUUUGAGAAUUUCGAAUCGGCCCCUCUUAUCAUUUGUUAAAUUAGAUGAUGAUCAUAUUCAUAGCUAGCGUUCUAGCACUUAAAUGUC